AUGGGGCUCAUUACAGAAAUAAGCCAGCCUCCAAAGGAGCCUCCAAAAUGGUCCCUCAACUCUUAUCUGCUGAUGAAUGCACUCAUUUUUGCAUUGGCAGGGAUAUGUAAGGGUUUUGAUGAAGCGAACAUCGCAUGUCUUGUCGUACAGUCCCAGUUCCGCGUCGCCUUUGGGAUCGAUAGACAGUCACCAGACGAAUAUGCCAACACGAAAGGGUGGAUUGUGUCGAUUUUCACGGCUGGGGCUAUCUUUGGCUGUCUGGCUUGCCUGCCAGUCAAUGACCGCUUGGGACGAAAAUGGAGCUUGCGUCUGUCAACGUUGAUCUAUGCAGCAGGAGUCGCCGGACAGGCGCUCAGUAAAGGCAACCUGUCAGCCUUUUACGCAUCCAGGUUCAUCGCUGGGUUUGGUGGUGGCGGAAUCACUAUCGUUCCUUCGAUGUAUAUCUCGGAGAUUGCACCGAAAAGGAUUCGCGGGCUUCUCGCUAUUCAGUACUCGACUUGCCAACAGCUCGGUUCUGUUUUCGGCUUCUUCAUCAACUAUGGCAUCACCAAGGCGUAUGACGGAGAAGACCUGCAAUGGAUGGUUCCUACAUUCCUCCAGCUGGUGCCGGCGGUGAUCUGGGGGUUUGGAACGUUUUUAUGUGUGGAAUCUCCUCGAUGGUUACUAUACGUCGGCCGGCGCGAACAAGCCAUUGCCACGGUAUCCCGACUCCGCGGCUUGCCCAAUGGUCAUGCCGAAGUGAUUUCCGACAUCCAGAUCAUGGAAUCGCAGAUCUUGUACGAGCGGGAGGCUGUCGUGGGAGCGACGCAGUGGGACCUGGUGAAAGAAGUGUUACUUCCAGUCGAGAAUCGACGCCGCUUCCUGCUUGUCUUCAUGGCGCACCUAUUCUCUCAAUGGUCGGGCGCCAGUGCGAUCACUCAAUAUCUCCCCACGAUCUUCGGCUACUUGAGUAUGCCGAGUGAGACCGCCUCGCUAGCGACCGGGUUCUACGCGGUGGUCAAGUUUGUCAGCUGCCUGAUCUUCUCGUUGCUGGUGAUUGAUUUCAUCGGACGUCGGAGGUCUCUCAUGACGGGAAUCACGCUUCAAACGACCACCUUGGUCUACCUGGCGUGCUACCUUGGCAUAGCUCGCACGAUGACCGCGGCCCACAUCGCCAACACCCCGAGUGUAUCUCGAGCCUCGACGGGGGCUGUGGCAGCUAUCUUUAUCCAUGGGGUGGGGUGGAACAUCGGGUGGCAUGGCAUGCCGUAUCUUAUCGGGGCAGAAGUGUACCCAAUCCGUAUCCGAUCGCUGGCUGUUUCGAUGGGCAUGGCCAUUCACUGGGUGUUCUUCUUCGGAUGUUCUCGGGCGACUCCUGAUAUGCUGGAAGUGAUGCAAGAAUGGGGCGCAUUCGCCUUCUUCGCUUGCAUCUGUUUUGUUUCGCUGAUUUAUGUGUUCUUUGCGAUGCCGGAUACCACCGGACGAUCUUUGGAGUCACUGGAUAGUUUGUUCCAGCGGCCCUGGUACAGAGUUUACCAGGUGGCCUAUGCAAAGAAUGACAAUGUGGGAGGUGUGGUGUAA